AUGUUUCGCGCGUUUUUUCGUUCACUGGAGUUCUCGAAGUCACGUUUUGAAGUCGGCUCAAAAUGGCAACAUUUAUCACUGGUCCGAUGCGCAGUUCAGAAUCCUAGUCUUCGCUUUUCCCACAACGAAGUAGAUUUAGCAAAACAGGCAGCCAAUAAAAAAGUUUCAGAACCCACAAUAUUCAGCAAGAUCAUUGAUGGCUCCAUCCCUGCUAAAAUCAUCUACAGGGAUGACAUGUGCCUGGCAUUCCACGACAUCACCCCGCAAGCACCAGUUCACUUUCUUGUUAUCCCCAUAAAACCAAUCACAAUGCUGGAAAAGGCUGAAGCUGAAGAUCAGGGGCUUUUGGGUCAUCUAUUACUGGUUGCUAAAAAAGUGGCAGCCGAUCUGAAAUUGGAGAAGGGCUACAGAUUAGUGAUCAACAAUGGAGAAGAAGGUUCCCAAUCAGUUUACCAUCUGCACGUGCAUAUUUUGGGUGGCAGACAGAUGGGUUGGCCUCCUGGCUGAGAUAAACCAACACAUUCAGUGUACUCCAAUGGUGAAUUUGCAGGUUGGACCCCUUUACCUUAUAUUGUAGAUAGGAUCUAGGUGCUCUUCGUCAUGAGGACCAUGUCAUGUUGGUAGAUUGUGAGAAAUUUAAAGAAAGUCUAGCAUACAAAGACAUUCUU